CAAAAGGGCCAAAAACUCAAAAGAGGUUCAUGUUCUCUUCAGUAGUCCAAAGGGGUAUCCCUAUGCCUCCUCAUGCUCUUCAAACAACACGGCCAACCUCCAAAUCCAAACGCCUCUCUUCUUCUUCUUCUUCUUAUUCCUUCUUCCUCUGUCAAUCUAUACAUAAAUCUGUACUCAUUCAUUUGAGUAUAGAGUGAGGGAGCUGGAGAAAGUGCAUUUCUUUCUUCAACAAUGGCUUUUGCGUAUAAGCUUUCCAUUUAUUAUCAUCUCCGUUCUUCUCUCUAUUUCCCCAGUUGCAGACAACUCAUUUCCUCAAACCCAAACGUUAAUUGCUGUCUCCAAUGCAAUUCCUCAUCUGGGUCUUCUUCACCAUUCACAGAGAAGCACUCCCUAAAGAGGUACCAGAGAGACCAAUGGGUUUACCAGACCCAGCAGCAAUUCGACCCUGCCGUAAUGACUUCAUCGUGCUCGGAUGGUGAAUCUGUCAGGGAAAACGACAUCGCUUUGCAGCUUCCGGAGCUGAAGAAGUUGUUGCAGGUGUUGAGGGAGAAGAGAGAGAGUUGUUAUGGGAUUGAUGGGAAUGGAGAGAGAUGUGGUCCGGGGAAUGUGUUUUUGGUUGGGACAGGACCUGGGGACCCAGAGCUGUUGACAUUGAAAGCUGUCAGGGUAAUUCAAAGUGCUGAUCUUUUGUUGUAUGAUAGAUUGGUGUCUAAUGAUGUGUUGGAUUUUGUCGGUCCUGAUGCUAGGCUUCUCUAUGUGGGUAAAACUGCUGGUUACCAUAGCAGAACCCAGGAGGAGAUACAUGAAUUGCUUCUUAAGAAGCUAAGGUUGCAUAGGCCUCUAUCUUUUGAUUCAUGUAGAAAUUUGGUACCUGUCACAUGCAGGCAUUAUUUGAUACACGGAGCAGUUGGCUCCAUGGUGUUUUUCCCCUUUUGUAACGGGAGUUUAUUGUUGGGAGACUAUGGUUCCAAUUAUGAAGCUUAUUGGGUUCUUGCAGGUAUAACCGCUGCUUCAGGGAUAGCAGCAGAGUUGGGAAUUCCAUUAACUCAUAGAGGUGUUGCAAAUAGUGUUAGAUUUCUAACAGGGCACUCGAGAAAAGGAGGGACUGACCCUUUGUUUGUAGCGGAGAAUGCAGCUGACCCUGAUUCGACUUUAGUAGUUUACAUGGGAUUGUCUACUUUCCCUUCUUUAGCACUAAAGCUAAUGCACCAUGGUCUGCCACCAGAUACACCAGCUGCUGCAGUUGAGCGUGGGACCACACCUCAACAGCGCACGGUGUUUGCAGAAUUAAAGGAUCUUGCUAGCAAGAUUGCUUCAGUAGAGUUAAUAUCACCGACACUGAUCAUCAUCGGGAAGGUUGUCUCACUCUCACCAUUCUGGCCGUAUUCUUCAAAAGAAGCAUCUAAUCUUGUUGAGGCUAACUAGAGAUUCGUAAAACAGCGAGAAGCAUUUAUACUGUUCAAAGGACACAGUUUGUCCAUUCCAACCUUUCAUCGUAAACGUUCAACCUACUUGAUCGCCCACAAUGAUUACAUUAACAAAGCUGUUCCAUCUCGACAAUGUCAUAGGCUGUUUGGAUUUCUUUUUCAACAAUCUGUAUUGAGAAAGAGUCUUGCAGGCGCUCGGAAAACAUGGAGAAGAAGCCUGCUUAGUGGUUCGGUGGAGUUCGAACAUUUUGAACCAAACCAAUAUGAUUGCCAACUGAUAUUUUUGUCAACAGUUGGCUGGAGAGAGCAAGCUUUUAAUAGGAAGAACAUAACAUCAUUCAUGGUUACUUUGGAUUUGAAAAUUUUGUAAUGGUUAUAGUUGGUAAAUUUGUUAAUGUUUUCAUUCUUCAACAAAAAUUUUGGAAUAAUGAGGUGAAGGGACUGCAUUUAUACAGUUCAAUUAAAAGAAAAAUGAACUUAAA